CUCUGCCAACGGAAUACUUCAUUUCACACUUCUCUAACUAAGAGGACCUGAAGACUGUCUGUGUGGUGAAGAAGGAACUGCCAAGAAGUAAAGCAGGAGCUGAACAGAUGGGGGUGACACUGAGUAACAUCAAGAAGAGACUGGAGGAGGAAGGGGUGAAGAUCAGGAGGGCAUUCAAGAUGCAGACGGCAAUGGCCGAAGCCGAACUAUUUACAUAUCAUGAUGAGAAUUCCUGCUCGGUGUGUCUGGACCCCCUGACUGACCCCGUGUCACUGCAUUGUGGUCACAAUUUCUGUCUGAAGUGCCUCACCAACCUCUGGGAUCAAAGCCAAGUGUGCAGCUGUCCUGAGUGUGGAGAGUCCUUCCCAACGAGGCCUGUACUGCACAUAAACACAGUGCUGAAUGACACCAUCAAGAAAUUAAAGAUGAUGGCCAUCGGUCCUCCUCCAUCUCAAAAUUAUGCCGGCCCUGGAGAUGUGGAGUGUCACGUCUGUCCCAUGAAGAAGUUCAAAGCAGUGAAGUCCUGUCUGACCUGUAUGGCGUCCUUCUGUCAGAUUCACCUCAAGCCUCACUUUGAAAGAGAAGCCUUUAAAGACCAUAAGCUGAGUGAUCCAGAUGGAAAUCUUCAGGAGAAGCUCUGUGUGAUACAUCAGAAAUAUUUGGAAAUAUUUUGUAAAACAGACGAGAUGUGUAUCUGCGUGAUGUGUGUGAUGACCAGACACAACGGUCAUGAAGUGGUCGAGCUGAAGACAAAAAGAGAAGAAAAAAAACAGGAUGAGUUCACCUGCUCGCUGUGUCUGGAGAUCCUGAGUGACCCCGUCUUGAUCCCCUGUGGUCACAAUUUCUGUCUGAAGUGCCUCCCUGACUACUGGGAACAAAACCAAGAGUUCAGCUGUCCUCAGUGCAGAGAGAUCUUCACCACGAGGCCUGAACUGCACAUUAACACUGAGCUGAAUGAAGACAUCAAGAAAAUAAAGAUGGCGAUAUUCAGUCCUCUUCCAUCUCAGAAUUAUGCCGGCUCUGGAGACAGAGCAGAAGAGUCCUAUCUGAUGUGUGCGGUCUCCUACUGUCAGACUCCCCUGAAGCCACACUUUGAAGCCGGAGCCUCAAAGGACGACACGCUGACUGAUCCAGUUAGAAAUCUGAAGGAGAAGUUCUGUGAAGAGCAUCAGGAGAGUCUGAAGAUGUUUUGCAAAACUGCCGAGUUGUAAAGAUGUGAAGGAUGUCACUUCCCACGUUAAAGGAAGGCAAUCUCCUAAGGAAGAACAUCCUACUCUGUGCUUUCUUCUGU